CUCUCUACGCAGAGUGAACCUCGGCUCAUUCAUUACGUGCAGCUGGUCUCUCCGCGCGUAACGCGGACGUCGCUAAAUAGGAGCCUGUGAGAUAUUAUUUUCCCUUUCGCCAUGGCCGACCCAGAUUCCCGUGCGAAGCCGGCGCACGGUCUGCAGCAGUGGAGCUGCGACUUCAUAAGGCGGGAACUGAUACCGGAGAUGGUCCACGAUCGUUGCUUCUGCGAGCCCGACUCCAGGGAAUUCGUCGAGUUCGAUUCCGCAGACGUGGAGCCUUUCGAUGGGAGCGACCGCGGCACGUCCUGCGAGCUGUACCGUGCGACGGCGCACGUAAAAUUCUCCGGUGAGACGUGCAGCUUUCCCCUCAUUGUCAAGCUGCCGAAAAAUUCCGCCGACUGUCAGCCGCCGUCCGGCCCGUUCCAGAACGAGGAGAUGUUUUACAGCAAGAUGACGCGCAAGUACGGCGCGGACGGUGUCCCGAAGUGUUACCUGUCUGACUUGGGUCGAUACGGCCGGCCGGUCAUCGUGUUGGAGGAUCUCAGCGCACGGGGUUACGUGCGAGCGGAUCGUAAAUUGGACGAGGAUCACCUGAAAUUGUGCGUGAAAGCUCUGGCGACGUUCCACGCCAGGGGAUUGGAGCUGAAGGCGAAGGAGUUCGCCAUUUUCCGGGAGUUCUACGCGAAACUGUCGGACUCGUGUUCCGAUUCUUUCGGGCGUUAUCGCCGAAACGCCGCCAGGAUUUUGGACGUUUUGGAGUCGUUACCCGAGCCAGCGCUCGUCGGGAAAAUCAGAAGAAAACUGAGCGAGAAUCCCUUGGACGUAAUGGAAGGCCUGGCCAUGGAGAUCAACGACGUCUCGACCGUCUGCCACGGUCGUUUCUCGCGGGAUAACGUGUUGUUCAGAUACGAGGGUGGGAAGCCGAGCGACGUAAGGGUGAUCGAUUGGCAAACAAUGAGGUACUGCUCGCCAGCGAUCGAUCUGGGCCUCGUUCUCCUCGCCAAUCUGCCUGACGACGAACUAGCAAAAGUUGGGUUGUUCUGCCGGAAUAUUUUGCGGUUUUAUUUAGACGUCGUGAAAUGCGAAUAUUCAGAGGUGGCCUGCGAUCUUCUGCAACGAGACAUCAUCGUCAAGCUGUUAUCUGCAUUUGUAGUCUUGUGCACUGAUGAGACCGUCACGGAUGGCGAAAUGCUGGCGAUGUUACGAGUUCUCGAUAAUCUGGGUACUUUCGAUUAGAACCGCUUACACUGUGUUUUGGCACCUAUUUCAUCCUUCUUUUACUGCGCAUACGAUGAGAAUAUUGUAAUAAAAAUUAUAAUACAAUUUUAAUAUUACGGGAAUAGACUGGCACUAUGAAUAAAAGUGACUAUGAAUAUAAAUUACCAUAAAUGAAAUUAUAAUGAGAUUUUAAUGAAAUGCUACAAAAUUAUUAUGUUUAUGGUCAUUUUUAUUAUGUUUUGUUAUCAUUUUCGUUAUCAUUUUGUUAUCAUUUUCGUAAUAUAGCGCCAGUCUCUAUUCCUGGACUACUCUAAAAUUGUAUUCUAAUUUUUAAUACAAUAUUCUCUCCGUAUACAAUACUUAUUAUACGUGUUGAGUCUUUUCUUGACCCUUAUCGUGUGUUUAUUCGCGAUACGACGACUGAAGGAGACAUAAUUAUUGGCAUUUGAACCAAACGUACUUGAAGAGUCGCACUGUUGGGAAAUGACGUGUCGCCGAUGCAAGGAACAUCGUGCAUUCUCUAUGCUCGAACUCUUGGAGAACAAAAUAUUAUUAGAGAACAUAGACGCGUUUUUCAUUCUUGCAACCUUUAUUUCACUCGCUCACGCGAGUGGCAGAAUCGUUGUUCGUGAUUGUCAAGGAGUGCGGACUAACCGCGCCGUAAACGGGCGUUAUUAGUAUUGUUCUUUCGAGCGUAAUGGCAUAAAUUAACGUUGCAGUGUGUGCGACGUUAUAAAAGCUUCGUUUCCUCUCCUCGUCUCUCGGCUCUUCCCUUUAGAUAGCUCAUUACAUUUAUACGGUCGAGAUUGGUUUGCUUUCCUUCUUCUCUUUUUUCUUUUUUUUUUAAACAAGACAUAUGUACCGUGCGCUGCAGCUGCUGCUACUGCAAUAUAUAGCGUCGCUGUUGCACGAUGAAAUGCAGUAUGGUUUUGCUACUUGGAAAUGCAACUCCAUAUUGUUGCUUCGGAUUACGUUGCUCUCGACGCUGAUUACCUAGUUUUAUAUUUUUAGAUUUAUAUUCGCCGUCCAUUCUCUUCCUGUUAUAAUCUGCGUUAUGAAUUCCUCAAAAUCUCUAUUAGGAUAAUUGCGAGAUAUAGAAUACGCGGCUUUUGGAAUAAACGACUGUGCGAAGAAACGCGGUGGAAGAGAGAAAAAGAGACGCAGAGAAAUGGCGACACGUUUUUGUUGAAGCAGCGUUUUCGAUUACAGUCACAAGGUGGUUACACUUACAAGCAGUUCGUAAUGGCCAGCGUAAUAGAAUAUUGACGACAGCCCGAACAUAAAAUGUCGCUUGAGAAAAAUCGUAGCAUCUACAUUUCCUCGAUAAAUAAUCACUAGUGCUCAGAAAAAGAUUAUUACGCUAAGGAGAUCUCAACGAUCGAGCGGCUCCCCUCAGAAGAUUGCGGUUGAGUUCUCAUUGGUCGACGUAAGGGAUCCGUUUGCUGAUGCGGUAUGGAUACCCAAUAUAUAGCGGCCAACAAAAAGAUCAGAAUGAAGGCAGAAACGAACAUCCGUCUUACUCCACAAGUGGACUUCACUGCGGCCGUUAUGAUGGGAGCGCAUGCCGACAGGACUUCCUUUGAUGGAGCACAUUCCUGCACUCUCGCCACUGCACCAUGGUUGCCGUUGCACUGGCAAUGCGUCUUCGUCGAUUCCCAGCCCAUUCGGAAUUUGGUAAUUUCAAGGUUUUCGUGCCGAAAAAUGUGCCACGGCCAGAUUAAAAAUUGUAAUUGAAGCCGGAUCAGUCUGCCCCGGACAUGUUAGCGAGCGACAUCAGAUCGUCUAGCUUUCUACACAGAUCGUUUAUCGAUUAUGCGCGUAUACGAUAAUCGAUAAGCGAGUUUGAAGCUUACUUCAUAGCUGUAUUACAAAUUUAAAAGACAAACAAAGAAUUUUUUAAGCGGAUACUGAAGUGGACGAAGAACUCCGAUGAAAAAACACUUUCAUUUAGGUGAGAACCGAAAUUAUCAAUUUUAUGCGUAUAUAUAGAUUUUUUAAAUAGAUGCAAAAAUGAAUUGAAGCAUUACCCAGUAUAUUUUUAUUUCUUUUUUCGUAUAUUGCACAAUAAAAUCCUAUGCGAAAUUUAA